UUCCAGGACUAAUGCUUUUGAUUCUUAACGUUAAACUAUGUCGGUCUUGGUUUGAAAAAGUAAUUGAAUUUUGGAUGUCACAAAAGAGUCGGGUCUUAAAUUUUAUAAAAUUUUUCGGAUGUCUAUUAAUUCCUUAAAUUUACAUAUAAUUUAAGGUUCGGCUGAAUACAAGAUGACCAUUUGUGUUACUCCUGGAGUAACAAAUAUAAAAGAAUUAUCUUACUGUAUUUAUAUUGAAUACAACACUGUAGGAAAUUCGGAAAGAAUAAAAAAUUUUGUUGGAACACAAGAAAUUGGGGCUUUAAAUGAUUGCAAAAUACAGAAAUUUAAAACUGAGGGGAAUAUAGAAAAUAUUCAAUUUAUUGUUGUUUGGAGUGAAAAUAUAUUUUUUGGGAAAGACGAUGUUAUAUUUGAGAGUCGUUUCAACGGCGAAAAUAUAAAAUCUUUGCCUGAUGGUACAAUUAUGUUGGAUAUAAACACCGUCGGAAAAACUAAACUCAAAUAUGAUAAAAAGAAGGGAUUAAUCCCAGAUAUUUGA